ACUUGUUUUUUGUGGUUCUGGUGAAUGAAAAAUGGAUCUACAAUCAAAAAAGCUUGUCCGAGCGACUCAGUCAGAUUGCCUUACGGUAUGUCAUCAUUUGAAGGGUUCAAACAAAAUGGGUUUCUUUGUGAUUUUGACGUUGAGGUUGGUGGAAAAUCUUUUCGAGUGCAUCGUACUGUCUUGGCAGCCUCUUCAGAAUUCUUUGAAGCCAUGUUUUCAAGCAACUUGAAGGAAGUUCAUGAUAGUCACGUUAAUAUGAAGGAUGUCGAUCAGGACGGGAUUGCACAAUGUAUAGAGUUCAUGUAUAAAGGAAAGGCAGAUUUGAGAAUGGAAAACAUUCAACAUAUCCUGCAAGCAUCCCAUUUCUUACAAAUGGCAAACUUGACAGAGCAUUGUUUCCAGUACUUGCAAACAAAUGUUUCUUCUGGGAAUUGUCUAUUUGUGAUCAACUUGGCUCAAAUGUACGAUCGUCUCGAUAUAAAACAACAAGCCGAAAAGGUCGUGAUAACUCAUUUCAAAUCUGUUAUUUCUUCUGAGAUGUUUCCAUUCGUCACCAAAUCAGAUCUCUUGCGUUACAUGAGAAACCAGACUUACCAAAUGUCAUGGAAAGCUGUGGUAACAUGGGCAAGAAGAAAAGACGAUGUAGAUGUUUUUGAGCUUGUUCAUAUUGACAAAUUUCCAUUCAGAUUUAUUCUGGAAACUGUCCUUGAAGAACCCAUUGUAAAAAAGAACAAAACAACCAAAGAUUCAGUGAUUACCGCGUUAUUCUCUGAUGUGAAAAAACUGGAGACAGGUCUUGAAAUUGACAACUGCUUUACUUUGAAGAACCUGGCUGAAACGCAUCAAGUUAAUGAUCCGAAUGCAGUAAAAAAUGUGAUAACUUGUUUUUUGGGGGCAAAUUUCGAACGAGUUAUUGAAAAAAGAGAAUUUCUUGAUAUCGGCAUGGAUGACAUAUUGGCACUUUUCAAAUCUUCAAACACAAAAUAUUCUUCUGAGGAUGUCAAAUGGGAGGCGAUGAUGAAAUGGGUGAAUCACAGUGUCGGAAAUAGGAGAAAAAUAUUUCCAGACUUGUUCAGUUUUCUCAAACUUGAGCAUUUAUCUCUCGAGUUUCUAAAGGAGACAGUCCGAGUUGAACCCUUGGUUAAGAAAGCAGAGAAAUGCAAUGAUAUGCUGAUGGAAGAAAUAUUUUCCCGAGCUUCAAAAGCUGUUCCACAAAUUUCUUCAAUGCCCGUGCCUAACUCCACAACUCGUCGAAGGCAGAUUGAAAAAAGGCAAGAGCAGAAAACACUGAAAGAAGCUUUCAGAGUUUCUUCAAUGCCCGUGCCUAACUCCACAACUCGUCAAAGGCAGAUUGAAAAAAGGCAAGAGCAGAAAACACUGAAAGAAGCUUUCAGAGGAUCACUGUGGCAAAUUUUAAGGAUCAAUGUGCCGCCAUCUAGCGGCCGAAUGACAAGAAUGACACAACAAGAAAAAAUUGUUAUCACCUACUCAUUUCCUGCUGGGAAUCUUGAGGGAUAUUCAUACAUAGCUCAUGAAUUCACUGAAUAUUUGCCAAAUAACGGGAAAGGAGAAAGGAUUUUUCGAAUGCUUGAAGAAGCGUUCAACAAAGGAUUGAUUUUCAAGAUGGAUAGAAGGAACGGAGUAAGAAUAAUAUGGGAUGAGAAGAUACCUCAUUUGACAGAGCCGCGUAUGACAGCUGGAGGGGAUUAUCUUCUAAGACUUACUGAAGCAUUGAACAACAUGGGAAUUUAUUAAAUAUGGGAUUUUGUUUCAAUGAAAUAACUGCAUUAUAAGAGAUUUUCGACAUAUUCAAACGAUUUUUCUAUUUAUAACCUGAGUUACUUACUCAGCAGUGCGACCUCUCCUUUUAAUAAUGGCCGAGCAAACAUAAUAAGGUUUUUAGUUCCCUUUUUUCACAAACAAAUGCACGAGUACAUACACUAGGCUUUAUUUAAUUCACUAAAACUAAUUAGGGCAUCUUAAAGCAGUAG